GACCCAAUAUGUCGCCCUCCGUGUUUCUCAGAAUAGAGUAAACUUCGGUCCCUACUUUGUUAAAAUAUCAAUGCAUGCUGAUUAAAUUGAGCCUGUGAAUUGAUCUUAAAUCCAAGUUCCCAAAGUCAAACCUAUUAGAGUAUUUACAACUGAUAUCCAUCCAUUAGAAUAGCCCAUAGAUGUCCACAAGGGUCAGCCACCAAGUGACCCCCGAGUGACCAGUAUGUCCCUUAAACCGCGGCGUGUGGACUUUGAUGCCACCUGGAAGCUACUCCUGGAGACAGUGCAGGGAGUGAUCACGUGUGGGAGGGUGGAUAGGGCCACCUGGAAUGACAGGUUUUCAGAUGUGUAUGCGCUGUGUGUGGCCUACCCAGAGCCCCUGGGAGAGCAGCUGUAUGCCAAAACCAAGGAGUUCCUAGAGCACCAUGUGACAGCUUUACAUAAGCAAGUCAGUCAGAGUGGGGAGGAGAACUUGCUGUCCAAUUAUCAUAAAGACUGGCAGGAGUAUAACAAGGGGUCCUCUUACCUGAACCAGCUGUAUGGGUAUUUAAACUCCCAGUUCAUUAAGAAACAGAAGUACACUGAUGCAGAUCUUCACUAUGGCAGCAUUAACCUGGACAUGAUGAUUGCUGAGCAGAUGUUGGAGAUCGGGGAACUGGCUCUGGACAUAUGGAAGAGGCUCAUGAUUGAACCACUCAAGGAUAGUCUGCUUGGGCUUCUCUUGGCUGAAGUCAAGAAGGACCGUCUUGGUGGUACGGUCAAUCAGGCAGUCAUCCAUGGAGUGGUUAAUUCCUUUGUCCAUGUAGAGCAGUAUAAGAAGAAAUGUCCACUUCAGUUGUAUGAAGAUCUUUUUGAGAAAGAAUUUCUGCAUGAAACAGGAGAUUAUUACAAAGCAGAAGCUCUAAGAUUCUUGGAUGAAUCCUCUUGUUCAGAAUAUAUGGAAAAGGUUAUUCAAAAACUGGACGAUGAGAAUCUUCGCAGUCGUAAGUUUCUCCACCCGUGCAGCUACGCAAAGGUAACAUGUGAGUGUCAGCAGAGGAUGGUAGCGGAACACCUGUUGUUCCUGCACGGGGAAUGUAAGGAGAUGGUGCAAAAAGAAAAGAGGAAAGACUUAUCCAACAUGUACAUCCUCCUGAAGCCAGUUCACGGUGGUCUGGGGGUGUUGAUCAGUGAAGUGGAGAAUCACAUCAAACACACAGGACUGGAAGCAGUACACAGUCUGAAGGGGGACAAUGUACCAGCUCAGUUUGUGGAGUCGAUGCUAGAGGUCCAUACAAAGUAUACAGAACUUAUCCAGGGAGUUUUUCAUGGAGACCAGCAAGCUGUUGCCGCACUGGAUAGGGCCUGUGCUGCAGCUAUUAACUACAAACCAGGUCCAAAGUCUCCCUGCCGCUCUCCAGAAUUGCUGGCCAAGUACUGUGAUACCUUGUUAAAGAAGAGUGCCAAGGGGAUGUGUGAGUCCGAGAUAGACGACAAGCUGGCCAGUUCAAUUACAGUGUUUAAAUAUCUAGAUGAUAAGGACAUUUAUCAAAGGUUCUAUGCGCGUAUGCUGGCCAGGCGGUUGAUCUAUGGUCAGUCCAUGUCCAUGGACGCUGAGGAAGCCAUGAUCAACAGACUCAAGCAAGCCUGUGGGUAUGAGUUUACCAACAAACUCCAUAGGAUGUUCACUGAUAUGAGCAUCAGCUCUGAUCUCAACGCCAAAUUCAACGACUUUGUAAAACAAGACAAGAGCUCACUGGGCGUGAACUUCUCCAUUUUAGUCCUACAAGCAGGGGCGUGGCCUAUAGGACAGAGCAAUCUUCCCACCUUUGCCAUCCCCCAGGAGCUGGAGAAAAGUGUACAAAUGUUUGAAUCCUUUUACAAUAAAAACUUUAAUGGUAGAAAAUUAACUUGGAUGCACAGUUUUUGUAAUGCUGAACUCAAGCUCAACUAUUUAAAGAAGCAGUACUUUAUCAACAUGGGAACCUUCCACAUGGGAAUCCUGCUGCUGUUUAACAACACGGACAGCCUCACGUUACAGGACAUCUUAGACAGCACCCAUCUACCUGAAAAGGAACUUACAAAACAGCUGCAGACUUUAUUAGAAACAAAAUUAAUCACGUGUGAGGGUCAGGUGACAGCCACCAGUGUAAUCAGGUUAAAUCUAAACUAUUCAAAUAAAAGGACAAAAUUCAAAAUUACCACGGCUGUUCAAAAAGAAACACAGUCGGAUGUUAAUGAGACCCACACAGCGGCAGACGAGGAUAGAAAACUAUACCUGCAGGCAGCCAUAGUCAGGAUCAUGAAAGCCAGGAAACUGCUGAAGCACAAUCUUCUAAUACAGGAGGUAAUAAGUCAGUCCAAGGCCCGGUUUGCUCCAAGCAUAGGAAUGAUCAAAAAAUGCAUAGAAGCUCUCAUAGACAAACAGUACAUUGAAAGGACUCAGAAUUCCACAGACGAGUAUAGCUAUGUGGCGUAAUUGAUUCACCAAGUCAGAUAGAUCUCUCUGCAGUGUAACCUCCAAUCGGCACAUUUAUGAGCAUAU